GGUAAAGCAAAUCAAAGCGACCGCAGAGAGCCAUGAAUGAAGAAGAGAAGAAGUAGGACGCUUCAUCAACCUGCUGUUCCUCCUCUCCUCCACCAGGCGACACUGUUUCUCUCCUCCACGAAAAAAUAAAACGCGCUCCUCUCCAGACUAGUCUGAUCACAUGCUGGGAGAGGUUUGAAGUUGCAGCUUCAUGUCACACACACACACACAUGCGUAACCGACAAAGUGAAUGGCACAAAGUGACACCGAGGAGGCGACCACCAGAGUAAGGAAGAGGAGAGACGAUACCGGAGUUGAUGAUCCACAACAGCUGGGUGAAGAGGGAGGAAGCAGAAGAAGAAGGAUGAUGAAGAUGAGAGCCGCGGGAGGCUGUAGUAGUAUCCCACCACCCGGGCUUUUUAGGAGUUGAAGCUGAAUUUGGGAUCAGUUUUUUUGAGAAAAAGUUGUAUACAAUGGUUAUAAAUGGGUCUCACCUGAACAGCUCCUCGUGGCCAGCAGCAGCAGACCCCAGCAGCAGCCUGAACCGCCCGCCGUGGGUCACCACAACUUUAGGGUGCUUCCUCAUCUUCACCAUCGUCGUCGACAUCCUGGGCAACCUCUUGGUCAUCUUCUCCGUGUAUCGCAACAAGAAGCUCAGGAACGCAGGGAACAUCUUUGUGGUGAGCCUUGCAGUGGCAGACCUUGUGGUGGCCAUCUACCCGUACCCUCUGGUCCUCACCUCCAUCUUCCACAAUGGCUGGAACUUGGGUUACGUUCACUGCCAGAUCAGCGGCUUCCUCAUGGGCGUCAGUGUCAUCGGCUCCAUCUUCAACAUCACCGGCAUUGCCAUCAACCGAUACUGUUAUAUCUGCCACAGCCUCAAGUACGAUAAACUGUACAGUGACAAAAACUCUGUCUGCUAUGUGUUGCUAAUCUGGGCGCUGACUGUGGUGGCUAUCGUGCCCAACCUGUUUGUGGGUUCGCUUCAGUAUGACCCACGGGUUUAUUCCUGCACAUUUGAGCAGUCGGCCAGCUCGGCGUACACCAUCGCAGUGGUUUUCUUUCACUUUAUUUUACCCAUCAUGAUUGUCACAUACUGCUACCUGCGCAUUUGGAUACUGGUCAUACAGGUGAGGAGACGGGUCAAGCCAGACAACCGGCCCAAGCUAACGCCACACGACGUUAGAAACUUUGUCACCAUGUUCGUGGUGUUCGUGCUCUUUGCCGUUUGCUGGGCGCCGCUCAACUUCAUCGGUCUGGCCGUAGCGAUCAAACCAGAGGUGGUGGUUCCCCUCAUCCCUGAGUGGUUAUUUGUGGCCAGCUACUUCAUGGCCUACUUCAACAGCUGCCUUAAUGCCAUUGUGUAUGGUGUGCUGAACCAGAACUUCCGGCGUGAGUACAAACGCAUUGUAGUGUCAGUGUGCACAGCACGCAUCUUCUUCCAGGAGAGCUCCAACGAUGCGGGGGAGAGGCCCAAGAGUAAACCAUCACCACUCAUGACCAACAAUAACCAGGUCAAGGUGGAAUCCGUCUGAUCCAGAACUCCGAGAUAUACUGCGCGGACAUGAAAAGAUAUGCUGUAACUGAGAGUAAAAAAAAAAAAGAAAAAAGGUGAGAAAAAUACCAAAUAUAAAUAUAUAACAGCUUCUUUCCUCUGAGCUGUCCACAGACUGUCAUAUGGUGCUAUCUGACCUCUGAACAAUCACAGUAAAAACAGGGGUGCAUAUUAUCUUUGUCUUUUAUCAAGCACUUUUGUUUGACUCGGCAGUACCUGUAGUACAGUAAAUAUAUGAUGUCCGUUUUGUUUUCAUGUUUACAGUGAUGAUAUAAAUGUAUCAUGCAUUAUAUAAAUAUUUAUUUUGUAUGAAAUGUAAUGUAGAUAUAUGGUAAGAUAUAUCAGGUUCCAGUUAAAUGAAGACAUUUUAUGAGGCCAAUAAAAAAAUUCUACACAACUUGGUUGAAAAUAUAACCAGAAGAAGUUUAUCAAUGAAGUUAACCAACUUUGAUAACCUCAUUUGUGACAUUGUAACACUAAUUGAGUGCAAGCAAUGUGGGUUGCUGCUGUCUUAUUAUACCCUGCAAUACAUUAAGUGGAAUAUAUAUUUUAGUCUCUCUCUCUCUCUCUCUCUCUCUCUCUUUCUCUCUCUCUCUCACACUCUCUCUCUCUCUCUGCCACCUCGUGAGCUCAUUAUACUGUAUGCAUGGAUAUGCAGGAAUUGUUCAUAUGCAAAAUAAAAUCUGAUAUUGAUGGAU